CGCCUACUUUUUCCGAUCGAUAUCACUAUGUAAGUACAAAAGCCACAACAUAGCGCCUUCGACGCCGCCAACGUGAGCGACGAUGGGCGCAGAGUACUGACAAUUAUUAUGGAGACGUUCACGCUGAAGCUCGAUCGUCGCCUGGAGCCGGGUCGGGUGACCUGCGGCAAAUUCGACGGUACCCACGCGUGCCUGGCCGCCUCGACCUCGGUCGGCAACGUGCUCAUACACAGCCCUCACCGGGAGGCGCCCCUCGAGCCGGACUUUCGCGUGCUCGACGAGCACAAGCUCACCUGGCAGGGUGAAAUAGCUGAAUUACAGAUCGGCCGUCAGGUGACAGCCAUCGCCACGGGCUGCCUCGACGACGACGAGCGCGACGUGCUGUUCGUCGGCACCGCCAGCCACGUCCUCGCCUACCAGGUCGAGGACAACGCCGAUCUGUUUCGUCGCGAGCUCGCCGACGGCGCCUACGCGAUCGCCUGCGGCAAGCUCGGCUGGCUCCAGCAACCCGUGCUCUGCGUCGGCGGCAACUGCUCCAUCACCCUGCUCGACCAGCUGGGCGAGGAGGUGUUCUGGACCGUGGCCAGGGAGCGAGUCACCGCGCUGGCCGUGCUCGACUUCGACGGCGACGGCGCCAACGAGCUGCUGUCGGGCACCCGGGACUACUAUCUCAAGGCUCAGCGCGAGGACGCGGUGCUGUGGGAGGCCAAGGAGAACGCCGAGGUCGUCGAGCUGGUGGCACUGGCCGAGCGACAGUUCGCCUACGGCACGGCGAGCCCGUCGAGCGGCACCCUGGGCGUCUACGAGUGCGGUCGCAUCGCCUGGCGCAUCAAGUCCAAGCAUCGGGUGGUCGCAAUGCGCUCGUUCGAUCUCAACAACGACGGCAAGCCCGAACUCGUCUCGGGCUGGAGCAGCGGCAAGUUGGACGCGCGGAACGCCUCGAACGGCCAGGUGAUCUUCAAGAUACAGCUGUCGGCGCCCGUGGCCGGACUGAUCGAGGCCGAUUACAGGCGCACGGGUAGAUGCGAUCUCGUCGUGGCCACCGUCAACGGCGAAGUGCGUGGCUACCCGUCGGGCGCCGUGCAGGACACCGCCACCACCCAGGCCGAGCUCUACCGCGAGCUCCUCGCCAAGAAGCAGAGCCUCCAGAUGGAGCUGCGCCAGCGCAACUCAAGCGAGUCCAACUACUUCAUCGGCUCGAAGCUCGCGGUGAGCAUCGCCUCGUCCAACGGCGCCGUGCGUCUGGGUCUCGCCUCGGGUCCCGGCCUGCUCAUCCACUACGUGAUGGUGUUCGCCGAGGCCGUGUUCGAGGGCGAGAGCAUGGUGGCCCAUCCCGCCCAGCCGCAGGGCGAGCUCGAGAUAGCGCUGCGCUUCCCCAAGAACGGGCCGAUCGACGUGCACGUCAAGACCUGCGUGGGUGGCUGCCAGCUGGAGGAGCAGCAGACGACGCAGCAGCAGCGCGAGGACGACGUGCUGAUGGUGCUCGAGCUGACCCAUCAGUUGCCGGCCUUCUGCAUGUACGAGGCCAUACCCAGGCCGGACGAGGUGCCGCCCGAGGUGGACGCCUCGGAGCUUGUGAUGGACAUCGCCGAGCGGGCUCAGCGAGUCGCGCUGUGGCUGAAUCAGUGCCUCGUGCUGUCCGCGGAGAUCGAGGUGCUGGACAAAGGCCCACGAGCGGGUGGCCUGGAGAUCUGGCUGAGGGCGAUGCGCGACCAGGACGUGCACUGUCUGCGCGUCGACGCCGCCGGCAAGCUGACCCUCAAGACUCGCGACGCGGCCUUCGCCGGCGACGUCGUGCAGUCACUGACGACCUAUCUGGGGCUUAGAGAGGCCACGGCCGAGGUCAGAUUCGUCGCCGAGGAGCAGCGAAUGCUGCGAGCCCUCGACAAGUUCAAGAGCUUCAAGGAGGUUGAGAGCCAGCUGCAGGCCGAGCAGGCCGGCACCUCGGACCUGGUGAAGAAUCUCGUGGUGCAUCUCGAGGACUCGCGAAUCAUCGAGGACCCGGUGGGCAUGAGGACGUAUCUGACCGAGCUCAGGGCCGUGAACGGCGAUCUGGUGCGCGAUCACGAGAUCAGAUCCAAGAGCUUCGGCGAGAUGCUGGCCGCGUUGAAGGAUCUGAACGCGGGGGUGCAGAACGCGGCGAGGUUGAGAGCCGGCAAAGCCGCGACGAACGUGGUGCAACGUUGCCGUAGCGCCAUCAAAGACGAGAACGGAAAAGCUCUGCUGCUGGCCCUGAGACACGGAUGAAUUCAUCGCGUU